AUGAAUUUGAGGAAGAGGACUCUACAAAUGUCUUCUAUGUCUAGAAUGGCUAGUCAACAAAAUUAUGACAAACAAUUGUCUGUUGAUUCUAAAUCAACUGAUGAAACUAUGUAUUGUUAUGACUCUGAUGCUGACAAAGAGUAUAAGCCUCACACUGAGAAAAAAAUGUCAAAUAAAAAAAGUUACUCUAAUACGAGUGAUUCAAAUGAUACUAAAGUUCACAAUUGGCUCAAUAAUAAUUGUAAUGAAUCACCACAAUACAAAAGUAAAGAUUUUUCUGAGAAUGUGAAUACUCUGGAUGUCUCCUCAAAUUAUAAUAAUGGCGAACAAAAUAUAGUUCAAAAUAGUGUUUCAGGCAUGUUUAAUCUAGUUGAUGUAGAUGCCAAUGCUGAAAAUGAUGAUUUAGAACUGCUUAAAAAACAAAAGAUCCGUGUAUCUCUAGUUGAGGAUGAAUUAAAUAUGAACAUAGAUCAGGGGCAUUUUGCUGAGAAUGUGAAUAUUCUGGAUAUCUACUCAAAUUUUAAUAAUGGCAAACAAAAU